AUGCCAACAUAUUCAUUUUUAACGUCGCUUUUCAUUAGCAUAAUAGCUGCAAGUAUAAUUUCAACAAUACUUCAAUUAUAUUUAUUAAUCAAAUCACCAUAUUACUUUACGAAAUGGACAAUUUUUCAAAUAGGCGUUGUACUAUUAUUACUUCAAAUUUUUACCAUUACUCCAGUAACAAUUUAUGGUGAUGGUUUAAUGGAUCAAACAUUUGACGGCGGCACAAAAACAUUAAUUUGUAUACUACAAAAGAGUAUGACACAAUUCGUUAUCUACCCUGCAUGUUUAAUUCCUUUAGUUUUAGCAAUUUAUCAAUGGUACGCAAUAUCAAAAAAUGAUUUGAGUAUCGAGAAAACAUGUUUUUGGUAUUUCACCAUUUCUAUUUGGGGUGGUGCGUUAGUCUACGCAUUGAUAAUUGUUUUUGUGGAUAGAAAUAAAAGAUUUUGGGGUACUAUGGUUACCCGGUAUUAUUGUAAGCCUCGAUCGGAUGUGGGACUGGAUCUUUUUAUUGCGGGUUUUAUUGCGCUUAGUAUAUCGUUGGCGGCGUCAUUAGUUCUCGUGUGUAAGUAUAUGUGUCAUUCGUUAUACGUUUUAUUUUUUCGUUGGAAAAAUUUUGAAAAAUGUCAUAAUCGUUUAACAGCAAUUAGAUUGGGGUAUGCGAUUAGAUCUAGCAUCUAUAUAAUAUCUUAUAUCUGUUUAACAACUACUUAUAUUAUCUCGGUCAUAUUAACAAAACCACAAUUUUCAAUGGAUGGGGAUCGUGAUGAAUCAUAUUACGUUUCCGAUUUUAUUUGUUCUUCAAGUGGAGUGGUAUUAUUCUUAAUAUUCGGUACAACGAAAUCUGCAGUGUUCUUUCUACCGUGUUGUUAUUAUUCGCCACCGGAUGAAAUAUUAGGAUCAAAAAAACCUUCUUUUGUGAUCAAACUCGGCACAAAAGUUUUGAAUACUAAUAAUAUGAACGAUAAUGAUGUCGGUUCCGAUAAUAAUAUUAAUACUAGUACUAGUGAUUAUGAUCAUUUUAAUUAUUUUAAUGAUGAUCGUAUUGAAAUUAAUGAGACAUGGUCAUCACAUACUUGUCAAUCCUAA